AUGGGCGUCUCUGCCGUCGACGCCGAGAUCAAAGCUCGCUACAUCCCCGUCAGCCAGCUGGCGACCACGCCGCUGCAGCAGAGCGCCGUCGCCAUCAUUUUUCUAAUGACCUUCCUGGCGUUCACCGUCUGGGGCAUCCGUGUGUACUCGCGAGUAUUGACAAAACAGUUUGGAGUUGAUGACUGGCUCGUCACAGCCGCCAUGGCCUUCUCGUUGGCAUUGGUUGUUCCAUACUACAUGUUCUUCAAGUACGAAUACAUUGGUUUCCCUACCAAGGAUCUGCCCGACACCUACGAUGUUGAGCCCGUGCUGUUCUGGAACUGGAUUAUGCAGGUCCUCUACAACCCGAUUCUAGCCUUGAUCAAGUCGUCGAUCCUCAUUUUCCUACUGCGCCUUGGAGGUCAUCAGCGGAGCAUCCGAUGGGCAGUUUACGCGCUCAACACCUUCAACAUUGCGCUCGGAAUUGCCAUUUUCCUCACAGUCAUCUUCCAGACCAUCCCCAUCAAUGCAUACUGGGAUCUCGAAGUCGAGAAGGAGCGGCAGAUCGACGGGCCGAUGUUUUACAUCUCAACGGCCAUCAUCACCAUCGUCACUGACUUUCUUGUCCUGCUGAUUCCGUUCUGGGUUUUCUUGGGCCUGCGAAUGCGCCUUGCUGCCAAGAUCGGCUUGAUCGCCGUCUUCCUCAUGGGCGGAGUUGUCACCAUUGUUGCGAUACUCCGCGUCAACGAGCUCCGCAAGCAGUUUUACAACAAGGAUCCCAACUACGACUCGAGAAACACACUCGGAGGCACGUUGAGCGCCGUUGAAGUCAACUUGGCCAUCAUCGCCUCCUGCGGUCCCGCACUGCGCCCGCUGUUCCGCAGAAUGUUCCCUGGUCUGUUCUCCAACAAGAGCAGCAACGGCCGAGAUUACAAUACACCAAGCAACAACUACGGUACUGGCACUGGCAGACGGCAUACGAAUGUCAGCGGAAACUUUCCUCUCAAGGAUUUCCACAACAGCAAGACACACACGGAGAUCCGAGGACAUUCGCCGAAUGGGAGUGAGGAGGAGAUUAUGACAUAUAACGGUAUCAUCCGAAGUACAACUGUAAGAGACUGCCAUGAUAUUUUGUUUUAA